AUGCCUCGUAUCAACAUUAAAGGUGGUGUUUGGAGAAAUACUGAAGAUGAGAUUCUUAAAGCAGCUGUUAUGAAAUAUGGUAAAAAUCAAUGGGCUCGUAUAGCAUCACUAUUACAUCGAAAGUCUGCGAAACAAUGUAAAGCAAGAUGGUAUGAAUGGCUAGAUCCGAGCGUGAAGAAGACUGAGUGGAGUCGGGAGGAAGACGAAAAGCUUUUGCAUCUGGCAAAAUUGCUUCCCACUCAAUGGCGGACCAUAGCCCCCAUUGUCGGUCGAACCGCCAAUCAAUGUUUAGAGCGCUACGAAUAUCUUCUCGAUAAAGCACAAAACAUUGAUAUGAGUACGAACCGAGAUGAUCCAAGGCGUUUGCGUCCUGGUGAGAUCGACCCGAGUCCAGAAACGAAGCCGGCCAGACCCGAUCCAGUGGAUAUGGAUGAGGACGAAUUAGAAAUGCUGUCUGAAGCAAGAGCUCGUUUGGCAAAUACUCAGGGCAAAAAAGCCAAACGCAAAGCUCGUGAACGCCAAUUAGAAAUAGCCAGACGCAUGGCAAUGAUGCAGAAACGUCGUGAAUUGCGUGCCGCCGGAUUGGCCUCGGCAGUCCCGCCUCUCGUGAACAAGAAAGUGUUUAUCGACUACAAUCGUGAGAUCCCGUUCGAAAAACAGCCUCCCAAGGGCUUUCAUGACACAAGUCGAGAAUUUCCUGAGCCGAAGCCCAUUAACUUCGACAAACUGCGUCUCUCAGAUGUGGAGAAAGAGUCUUACAUGGAGAGAGAAAAGCUCGAGCGCAAAAAGGACGCAGAACGCCAAAAGAAACGCAUGGAAUCUGACCUGCCCGGCGCACUGCUGAGCCGCGAAAAGGGUGACGAGCCGAUCAUCAAGCGCUCAAAGCUCGUCCUUCCAGCGCCACAAAUAUCUGACCUCGAGCUGGAAAACCUCGUCAAGGUCGGCCAGGCUGGCGAAAAUGCCAUGCGAAUGGCUCUGGAGGACUCUCGCAGUGACACUACCGGUGGAGCCACACAAGCCCUGCUCACCGAAUACCAUCGUGGCAGUCUGGGUGGGCCCGAUUCUACAUUUGCCACGCCGCUGCACUUACUGGCCAAAACUCCGCUGCCCGCCAGCGACAACCUCAUCUUGGUUCGUUUGAGAGUUCCUAUCUUUUGGUUCUCCGUGUGUGUGUAUCAUCUAAAACUCUACUUUUCAAACUCAACACAUGUCAAAUUUGGUUCUAGUUGUUGA